ACUCAUCAACACCACCACAAAUUUGACAAACAAAACAUCACUCUCCACCACAUAUUUCAAAACCACCAAAUUAUCUAAUUGACCAAAAUCAAAAGAGAACAGAAACUAGAAAAAGCAAAUCUAACAUUUGCAAGAAUUAGCACACGGAUGCAGUUUCUUCAUCCAUUUGCAAGAAUCAGAACAUGUUUUCUCUCCACCUUCCAAAUCAAUUUCAGCCUUCAAAGCAACGACAAGGUACGUUGUACAGUGGAAAUUUAAAAGCUUUGUUGGAUGAGGAUCUAGAAUUUGGUGAUGACUUGCCACAUUCCAUUGCUUACACCAUAAAUGGCAAACCGGGAGAUUUGUGUCCAUGCUCUAAAGAAACAACAAACCGUUGGAUGGUUGAUCAAGGCAAGACUUACCUUCUUCGUCUAGUCAACGAAGUUGUGUCUGCAGAUAUGUUCUUCGCAAUUGCUCAACACGACCUCACAAUUGUUGGAACGGAUGGGAAUUAUAUCAAACCUGUAAACACUAGUUACAUUUUCAUAAGCCCAGGACAAACAAUGGACAUUCUACUCAGAGCAAAUCGGAGUCUUGGCCAUUAUUAUAUAGCUGCUCAUCAAUUCUGGAGCCAAGUAGAACAAGUAAUAGAGUUCGAUCUUGUCAAUGCUACCAUGAUCCUCCAAUAUAGAGGCAAUUAUCCUAUCCCAUCAUCCCCUACCUUUCCAAAUACGCUUCCUCUUUACAAAGACUUAAAAGCUGCCAUAAAAUUCCAAAGCUAUUUAAUUAGGAGCUUAGCAAGCGAAGACUAUCCAAUAAAUGUCCCUCUAAAUGUGACUACCAGAAUGUUUAUAGCAGUUUCCAUCAACAAAGUUGUUUUUCGAAACAUUACACCAUCUACAAGUGAAGAAGAUAUGUUGGCUUCAAGCGCUAAUAACAUGAGUUGGUCCAACCCAAUUUCUAGUAAUGUACUACUGGCUUACUACAGGAACAUUAGUGGAGUUUAUACUACAGAUUUUCCAGACUUUCCCCCGUCUUUUUAUAACUUUACAGGUGACGAUUAUGAAGGAGAUUUAGCAUUAACAAACACUGGGACCAAGGUGAAGGUGUUGAAUUAUAAUGAAGAAGUUGAGAUAGUUUUUCAAGGUACCAAUUUGUUGGAUGGCUCAGCAUUUCACCCAAUGCAUUUGCAUGGGUAUAGUUUUUACGUGGUUGGAAAAGGUUUUGGGAAUUAUGACAAUGAAACCGAUCCAAAAAGUUUUAAUUUGGUUGAUCCAGUUGAAGUGAAUACCUUUUCAGUUCCUAAGAAUGGAUGGCUUGCCAUCAGAUUUGUGGCAAACAAUCCAGGUGUGUGGCUUUGGCAUUGUCAUUUAGAUAGACAUAUGACUUUGGGAAUGGCUGCUGUUAUUAUUGUGAAGAAUGGAGGCACUACUGAGACAAGCAUUCGCGAACCCCCUCCUCACAUGCCUUCUUGCAAAGUUCCAUAAAGAUCUCGGCUUCAGAACAAUGUUGGAUCGGAUCAUCUCUUCCUAAAAGUCUAUAAAUACAUCACUACCUCUAAUUUUCAAAGUCUCAUUGAGAAAAUUAUUGAAAGGAUAAUAUCUCAUUGCUACAAAAUGUCUCUAAUAAUGAAAUUUUCAGUUCUGCAAAUUUUAGGGCUUUUGAUCUUGGAUGGUCUCCUGCAUUGCCAAGGUUUGGCUCGCCAUACUUUUGUGGUAAAAGAUGUUCCAUACACAAGACUUUGCAGCACAAAAAACAUCUUGACAGUAAACGGACAAUUUCCUGGACCAACUCUACACGUUAACAAAGGAGAUACUAUCGUGGUUGAUGUUCUUAACAAAGGCAAUUACAACAUCACUAUCCAUUGGCAUGGAGUGAAGCAACCAAGAUAUCCUUGGUCAGAUGGUCCUGAAUAUAUUACACAAUGUCCCAUCCAACCAGGACAAAAAUUUAGCCAAAAGAUCAUAUUUUCUACUGAAGAAGGAACUCUUUGGUGGCAUGCUCAUAGUGAUUGGACAAGGGCCACUGUCUAUGGGGCUAUUAUUAUCCAUCCCAAGAAGGGAACUAGUUAUCCAUUUCCCAAGCCUCAUGCUGAAGUGCCCAUCAUAUUGGGAGAGUGGUGGAAGAAAGAUAUAAUGGAGCUUUACAAUGAAUUCCGUGAAAGUGGAGGAGACCCCAAUGUUUCUGAUGCAUAUACUAUCAAUGGUCAACCUGGAGAUCUAUAUCCAUGCUCAAAAUCUGAAACUUUCAAAUUAAUGGUGGACUACGGAAAGACCUAUCUACUCCGCAUAAUCAAUGCUGCUCUUCAAGAUAUUCUUUUCUUUGCCAUUGCAAAACACAACAUCACAGUCGUGGGAACAGACGCUAGCUACACCAAGCCAUUGAAAACGGAUUACAUUGCAAUAUCCCCUGGACAAACGAUCGAUGUCUUGCUAGAAACAAACCAAGCACUAGGUGACUAUUACAUGGCUGCAAAAGUAUAUUCCAGUGCCAAUGGAGUACUCUACGAUAAUACCACCACCACUGCUAUUGUACACUACAACCAAAACUACAAUGCAUCUUCAAGACCUCAAUUACCUAAUCUUCCUUCCUACAAUGACACAAAUGCAUCAGCUAACUUCACUGGUAGCCUCAGAAGUUUAGCUGAUGAUAAUCAUCCUGUUCAUGUGCCCUUAAACAUAAGCACUCAACUAAUGUUUACAGUUUCUGUAAACACUUUUCCGUGCAGUACUAAUUCAUGUCAAGGCCCUAAUGGAAGUCGCCUUGCAGCAAGCGUGAACAACAUAAGCUUUGAGUUCCCAUCCAUUGACAUUUUACAAGCAUACUAUAAUCAUAUUAGUGGCGUCUAUGGAGACCAAUUUCCAAGUUUUCCACCUUUUAUAUUUAAUUUUACAGCAGAGGAUCUCCCAUUGGCUCUAGAGACACCAAAAAGGGGCACAGAAGUGAAAGUUCUUGAAUAUAACUCAACUGUGGAGCUUGUUUUGCAAGGAACGAACUUGGCUGCAGGGACAGAUCAUCCCAUUCACAUACAUGGAUAUAGUUUUUACGUAGUUGGUUGGGGAUUUGGGAAUUUUGACAAAGACAAGGAUCCAUUGGGAUAUAAUCUUGUUGAUCCUCCUCUUCAGAAUACUAUUGCUGUCCCUAAGAAUGGCUGGGCUACCAUAAGAUUCAAAGCAGACAACCCAGGAGUGUGGUUCAUGCACUGCCAUUUAGAACGACACCUAAGUUGGGGCAUGGACAUGACAUUCAUUGUCAAAAAUGGAUCUAACCCAGAAGCGCAAUUGCUACCUCCACCAUCAGACUUACCGCCAUGUUGAAUGAGCAGUGAAUUUAUUUAUCCGUGAUUUCGUUUACUAUAUUCUUGUGAUUGUUAGCUUUCAUUAUCUCUCUUCUUUCUGUUCAAUUGUGGGUAUCGAUAAGUUUCUUAGUUGUAAUAUUGGUCUUGGCAACUUACAAUAUAUCAAGCGUUCCAAAAAUUUGUAUCAAUAAGAAAUGACAGCUUUUCUUUUUUAA